CUCAACUACUGUGAGAUCCCACACUUAGAGAGAAAAUGAAUGGUGACAAAAAGAUAACACUUUUUGAUCCUAGUGACUUGGAGGACUUAUACAAUUACAGCUACAAUUACAGCUACAUCCCGGAUGGUGAAGGAACUGUGUGUGGUCAGGAGUCGAGCAUGUACUUUGAUUCCAUUUUUAUUCCGGUCCUUUACUCUCUGGCGCUGGUAGUGGGGCUGGUGGGAAAUGGGCUGGUUCUGGUGGUACUGUGGAAGAAGAGAACGAGCUUGAACGUUACCGACACCUUCAUCCUCCAUCUGAGUUUAGCAGACAUUCUGCUGCUGCUAACGUUGCCCUUCUGGGCUGUAGAGGCAGUUAAGGGGUGGAUCUUCGGCACAUCACUCUGCAAGCUGACUGGAGCUCUGUUCAAGAUCAAUUUCUACUGUGGUAUUUUCAUGCUUUCCUGCAUCAGUCUUGACCGCUACCUGUCCAUCGUCCAUGCAGUGCAGAUGUAUUCUCGUAAAAAGCCAAUGGUGACUCACUGUUGCUGCCUGAUGGUCUGGCUCUUCUGCCUUCUGCUCACAAUUCCUGACUGGAUAUUCCUUGUGGCCACUGAGGACACCAGACGUCAGGAUAAAACAGAAUGUGUUUCGUUUUACCCGUCUGAUUCUUGGCAUCUGGCCACUCGUCUGCUCUACCAUAUUUUGGGUUUCAUUCUUCCAGCACUAAUAAUGCUGUUCUGUUAUUACCACAUCCUGAAGAGGCUGCAGCAUGGCUCACAGUGCAUGCAGAAAAAGAGGGCCAUCCGUGUCAUUGUAACCCUGGUACUGGCCUUCUUUAUCAGCUGGACGCCAUACAACAUCACUCUCAUCAUUGACACCAUACAAAGCAAUAAGACCAUCAAUCUCAGUAAUCAAACAUCCUGUGAAAGUGCCACAGCAUUAGAUGUAGCUCUCACAGCUACAUCCACAUUGGGCUACUUACACUGCUGUGUCAAUCCAGUGCUUUACGCUUUCGUGGGGGUGAAAUUUCGCCAACACCUGCUGGACAUGCUGAAACCGCUGGGCUUCACGCUGAUGGGACCAGCGGUUCUGGUGUCACGGAGGAGCUCUUUAUGGUCAGAGUCAGUGGACACCUCACACACGUCUGCUUUCUGAAAUAUCAUAUGCCAUCAAACUCAUACAGGUAUAUGUACAAUCAGUCAGCAUGUCAUCUUUUUAGCAUGCAAUCUUUAACAUCUGUAUCAGUCAGAGGAGUUUGGCUUUAUGUACACAAGCGUUUCCAUUCACACCAAGGACGAUAACUAUAACAAUAACUAGUCUUAAUAAUCAUUAUAAUUGUAUGAGAAUAUGGAAGUCCACAUCACAACUAUAACAAUACCAUUAUAUAGAGGAACAAUUUCGUUGGAAUCACUGGAAUGAUUUUCCAAAUGAUGAAUGAGAAAAAACAUUGACAGCCAAUUAGAAUUCAUGCAACUUUAAAAGAGCUCGAGCAUUUAAAGCUGCAGAUGACAAAACUGUGGUGUACGUUUAUGAUAGGGCUGGGC